AUGGUCGAUUCUUUCACCCUGCCUCUGCGCCCUCCUCCCGAGCAAGAUGAACGCCCCGACACUCUUCCCAUCGAGAUCGCCCAGAUCAAUGACCAAUGGGGUUCAUUCCGUGAAGUGAACGAAGACGUCUUGCGUGCUGAAAUCGCCGACCGGGAGAAAGCUGGUGAUAUCUCACCCGAGGAGAACGAAGACAUUGACCGCCAGGACCCUGCGGACAUUGAUGUGACAGAACGUCGGGAACAGCUGUACAAGCGUCGACUCGAGAUUACCCAGUUCGCAGCAAAGGCGCACCAGGAAACCAUGCUUGCACUCGAGUUCGUCUCUUUGCUCUUGUCAAAGCACACACCACGCCAAGCGGAGACCUCUAUUUCACCUUUUCUCAAGCAACUUGCGCCUCUCGGUUCUCUCGAUUCAGAUGUUGUUAACACGGCACCAAAGUCAGAGGCGAUACUGAAGGACAUCUCGGCAGUUUCCAGGGGGUGGCGUAUGCAAAGCUUCAAUGCUGUCUCGAACAAGCUACUCAAUGCCGCUACGCGACUGAAUCGGGAAAUUGAUUCAGAGACCAAGUAUUGGAACGAAGUGCUUGCUGUGAAGGACAAGGGAUGGAAAGUCUGCCGACAUCCACGAGUAAGGCAAGCACUGGCUGUUCAGUACGGCUUCAUUGAAGCUACUCCCGCUUUUCGCGAUCGAGGGCUUGCUUCCCUGCGGCGGGCCAAUGAUGGUAGCCUUGUGCUGGAUCAGGGUCUUAUGCCCAUGGGCGCCCGCUACGUGCGCGUCCAAAUCAAGCACGGAGAGCAAGUGUAUGCAAGCUCGAAACCGGGAGGGUCAACAGCCAAGGAAUCAGACCCAAUCGAGGCUCGAAUCCUCCAAGCGAGAGACUCGCUGUUUGAAGAAGAGCUCUUCUAUGAAAUGGUCCGAGAAGCAAGGGCGCUAGCAUCUUGUGGUGUGACGAGUCGCCAAAACCUUAUUCGUAUCCCAGUUGCCGACGACACAGAGAUCACGCUGGAUCUUGUGGAUGUUGACAGCACUGCCUCUCAGUCCCAGGACGUAUCCUCCCCAGUAGGUAUCUCGAUUGCCGACGGGCUUGCCCAUGCUGUGCGGAUCUUGCUUUGUUUUGCGCACCGACAAAACCUGCGUCGCCGAACACAGAUCCCACGUCCGGUGACCACCUCAAGACCUCCGAUUCCCGAAUACCAUCUCCUCCGGCCAGUGCUGGCGUAUCUCCAACAUAUGGCGAAUUUCCGGUCCCUGGAGUCCUUUUUCUCUGAAAUUUACUCCGUGUUGCGUUCCGCGGGUUUGAAUCCUCCCCAGUGGAGAUCACAGACGUGUCCCGGUUGGUUAUUGCCGUCGCCAAGUAUCAGAUCCGCCGACAAUCUCGAAACACUCGUCGAGAGAUUCCUGCGACCGAUCGAAUCAGUCCUCACGGGAGACCUUCUCACCUCCCAGGGCAGUUUCACCAUCACCAUCCGAACCAAUCUUUCUGCCGCGCCUCUUGGGACAACUUACGACGUCGCCUUCCAGCUGCCAGUGGCCUCCGAGCUUCAAUCUCCUGGGCGUCUCGGCUUGAGAGAGGAAGCCGAGGCUGCUAUCACCCAUCUUCUCCUUCUCGACGUCGUCUCCGCCAUCGCCGCGAGCCCGCUACCUGUUACAUCAGAGGGGUCGAAGCAGCGCACUUGGACAGCGGUAUACCCCCACCUUGGCGAGCUCCUGCUCCCUCACACCAACCCCGAAAAGCACAAGAAGAUGAAGGUCACUCUCACCCGUCACGAGAUGGCGCUCGCUACGUACCUUGUCCGUAGCAUUGAUGGGGUUGGGCGUGGGGUACAGGAGCUGCGGAUGCAACAUGCCGGAGCUCACGUCUGCAAAUUCCCUCCUUCUGCAGAGUCGAACGUCCAUCAGAAAGGCCGAUCCCUGAUGGAUUUCAUAGUCGAGGAGGCAAGGCACGAGACGCGUCUAUGA